UUCCCUUUUGCAGUGGCCAUCGAAGACAAAGUCCAUUUGCAGGCAGACACGACGUUCAAACUUGUCCUGUCUUGGUAAACGCAUCCACACAGCGACCUCAAUAACAAGACGAAGAAGAAGAAGCAGUUUCAGCUUCAACAGUUUCAGUUACACCUUUCGCCACCGUUAACUUUUGAGAUGGGCAACCGCAGCAGCCGGAGGAGCUCCGACCACUCUUCCAAAACCCGACCAAAUUCCGGCUCCUACGCCGGCACCUCCGUCCCCCCUCCCGAUCGGAAGCACAAACCACCGCCACCACCCUCCGCCUCCUCCGUUGGCCGCGUCCUCGGCCGUCCCAUGGAAGACGUCCGCUCCACCUACGUCUUCGGCCGCGAGCUUGGCCGCGGCCAGUUCGGGAUCACCUACCUUGUCACCCACAAAGUCACCAACGAGGUGUUCGCCUGCAAAUCCAUCGCCACCCGGAAGCUCGUUCGCCGCGACGACUUGGACGACAUUCGCCGUGAGGUUCAGAUCAUGCACCACCUCACCGGCCACCUCAACGUCGUCGAGCUCAAGGGCGCUUAUGAGGACCGUCACUCCGUCAACCUCAUUAUGGAGCUCUGCGCCGGAGGGGAGCUCUUUGACCGGAUCAUUUCCAAAGGGCAUUACUCCGAGCGUGCCGCCGCCAACUUGUGCCGCCAGAUCGUGACCGUGGUUCACAAUUGUCAUACCAUGGGUGUGAUGCAUAGAGAUUUGAAGCCUGAGAAUUUCUUGUUCCUCAGCAAGGAUGAGAAUUCGCCUCUUAAGGCCACAGAUUUUGGUCUCUCAGUGUUUUUCAAGCCUGGAGAUGUGUUUAAAGAUCUUGUUGGAAGUGCCUAUUAUGUUGCUCCUGAGGUACUGCGUAGAAGUUAUGGACCUGAAGCUGAUAUUUGGAGUGCUGGGGUUAUAUUGUACAUUCUAAUCUCUGGUGUCCCUCCCUUCUGGGCAGAAAAUGAGCAGGGUAUCUUUGAUGCUAUUCUUCGUGGACAUAUUGAUUUCGUGUCGGAUCCUUGGCCUUCCGUAUCUAGUAACGCUAAAGAUCUGGUCAAGAAGAUGUUACGAGCUGACCCUAAAGAAAGGAUAUCAGCAGUUGAAGCCCUUAGUCAUCCGUGGAUGAGAGAAGAUGGAGCACCGGAUAAGCCUCUUGAUAUUGCUGUUUUAUCCAGAAUGAAGCAAUUCAGGGCAAUGAACAAGCUGAAGAAAGUAGCUCUGAAGGUUAUUGCUGAAAAUCUUUCUGAAGAAGAAAUCAUUGGCUUGAAGGAAAUGUUCAAAUCCAUCGACACAGAUCACAAUGGAAUUAUCACUUAUGAAGAGUUGAAAGCUGGUCUCCCCAAACUGGGUACCAAAAUUUCCGAGUCUGAAGUGAGGCAGUUGAUGGAAGCGGCUGAUGUAGAUGGAAAUGGAGGCAUUGAUUAUAUGGAAUUUAUAACAGCUACCAUGCAUAUGAAUAGAAUGGAAAGAGAGGACCACCUAUAUAAAGCUUUUGAAUAUUUUGACAAGGAUAAAAGCGGGUACAUAACAAGGGACGAGUUGGAAACUGCCCUUAAAAAGUAUAAUAUGGGUGAUGAGAAAACUAUAAAGGAGGUCAUUGCCGAAAUUGAUACAGAUAAUGAUGGAAGAAUCAACUACGAAGAGUUUGUAGCCAUGAUGAGGAAAGGAAACCCAGAGUUGGUUACGGACAGACGUCGCAAGUAAUUACGUUGAUCAUAAAAUGCCUAUUUUACUGGGUUGAGGCUCAGGCUCUGCAGGAUUUAGUAAUUCGGGUGAUUUGCAUUCACUGCUCUUUUUUCACAUGACACAUGUUGUAUCUAGUGAGAACUCUUUCUUUGACAAAUACAUGUUUGAUUGCUCCUCUGCAACCCACGUUUAGACCCCAAAAUCAUGUUCAUUUAUAAGCUACAAUAGCUAGCUUCUUAACUAACUUAUUUCCAAUACACAUCCAAACAUGCACUUUGCUAGUAGAGAUUGAGCACAAUUUUCUUCCA